AUGGCCCUGCCAGCGCUGUCUCUGACAUUCCUCCUGGCCCUUGCUCCUCUGCUGCUUGCACAGGGACAGAUGCACACCCCUGUGACUCCGCGGGAAGCAGAAACAUGCCAAAAACCCCACUGGGACUCCAGACUCCAGCUGGCACCAGACCAGGAGAGCUACAAGAAGAAUGAAGAAGUUAUGCUGAGCUGUCCCAAGGGUUUCCAGCCACCCUUCACCCAUGUCAAAUGUACAGGAAAAGUUUUGUCUGUUAUCAAUGGAAAACCUUUACACAGAGAAGCUUGGCAUGGAAGGGACAGCAGUGGCAGUUGGAUCAGCAUUCAGGCCAGCCCAGGAAGGGUUCAGUGCCUUGAGGUCCUCCAGGUUGUCCCUGAGACCCUGAAGGUUUCCAGCACCAGCAUCAAACUGAACUGGACCUGCAUGCUCCCUGACAUGUGCCAGCAUAUUCGGGCCAGGUGCCGGCUGGAGCGGCAUUCCUCCUCAAACUGUGAGGCUGAGGAGGUGAAGGGAGAGGAGACACUACAAGGCCAAGAGGGAACUUUCACCUGCUCUUCUCUGCAGCCCUUCACAGUCUACAGUCUCACCAUCUCCCUGCUGCCUAGCACAAUCUUGUACACACGGCUCCUCAUAACAAAGGAAAUGGUGCCGGACAAACUGGAGAAGUUGUGGCUGGAUUCCGACAGGGGCGCUCUCAGGUGGAAGGCGCCACCCUCCUGCAAAGGAGAGAUCAUUGGAUACCAGCUGAACAUCACCACCAUGAGAGCAGCAGAUGGCAGCUUCCUCGAAUUCAGUCAGGUGUUGGUGAAUCAGUCUGUCUCUGAGUAUGUGCCACCUCAUCAGACAGCUGGCAGCAAAUACCUGGUGACAGUGCAGGGCCUGACAGCAGCUGGGGCUGGGGCUGCAUCACAGCUGGAAUUCCAAACCUACGCCCGGGGUAAUGGUUGUUCUGCCCUGUGUCUGGUUGGGGUGGCCUCUCAGGUGGGCCGCAGAGGAGCUGCACCACUUCAGCCGCUCUUUGUGCCUUUGAUACCAGACCUGCCCCCUCUACUCUACCACUGA